AUGUUGUUCCAUCGCGCUUGGAAUCUUGACUACUCAGAAGCACAGCAUAGAGACAUGAUGACUGGCAAGCAUAUCGUUCGCGAUGUUAUGUGCAGAAUUUGUCAUAAGAAAGUUGGUUGGAUGUAUGAGUUCGCUAUGGAAGAGUCUCAGCGCUACAAAGAGGCUCGUGUGAUUCUUGAGAAAGCGCUUGUCGACGAAGAGGAUGGGUUUCCUGAUCCUGCCGGCGCACUUGAGACGCAUGAGCAGCCGCCUUCGUGA